UGUGGCUGGAAAGCUGAGCUUCGUGCCCCCUGGACGGGCGAAAGCCCAGGCUGAAUUGACUUGGGCUGCCUGGCCGGCCGUCUGUGUGAGCCCAGUCGGCCGAGCGGGGCAGCUGGUGCGAGCAUGGAGUCGGGUUGUUGUGAAAGGAGAGAGAGAGGCGGAGAAAUGGGAAUGAUCGAGCGAAUGACGAGAAGAAGAAGUACGAGAAGGAAGCCACCAAUCGCCCCACCACCAACAGGACAAGCACUCGAAAGAGGAAGAAGAACAAGAAGACGAGGCCAGCAUAAGCAUAAGAAAAAAGGAACCACCACCCGCAACCAACCACCCGAGUCGGAGUCAGACACCCAUUGCUGCCAUUGCUCACACUUCCAUCCGCCCUCUCCACCCACCGCCCCUCCCCCGUCCCCGUCCAUCACCCUUACGCCCGCCCUGUCCGCUGGCCAGGCUUUGAUUGUCCGGCCACGGCUCGGCGGACGGCUAGGCUGGGGUUAUCGCCGCGUCAUGGCCCGCCACGCCCAUGGCUGACCCGCCCACCUCCCUGUUGAGCGAAUGGCUGGCGCCGCUCACCCCGGUGGCCCGGCCUCAUCCGUCAUCCCUGCUCCAUCGGAAUGUGGGCGGGCCUCCAGCGCCGCCAAGGUUGAGCGCCAGCCCGCCGAAAGUGGCGGCCGCGUCGGGCUUGAGCCGGACAGCGCGGGUGGCGCGGGGUCGCAAGCCACGCAAUGGUGAUCGAUCGAGUGCGGGCCCAGGCCGGGCGGGCGCGGUGGCGGCUUCGCCCGAGGCCCUCCGCUUAGAGCAGGCGCUCAAUGUGGACCCAUUUGUGCGCUAUGUGGCCUCGCUCAACGCCCGAACCGCCUCGCAAUAUUCCUCGGACGAUGAGGAUGAGGUGUUGGUGGCCUUUGAACGGGAAUCGGCGGCCGCGCCCAAUUUGACCAAGAAACAAGUCCAACAGUUUGACAAGGUCAAACGAAGUCGACGCUAUCUCGACAAGGACGUGGGUCCUGAAUUGGACAGUCAGGAUGACACCGAGGCCGAGGACCUCUUCCUCAAUGAAGUCGAACUCUUCGAAUCCGUCAAGGCACAUCAAAAGCGCAAACGUCUCCGCAAACGCGUGCGUGUCGCCCCCGAAAUCUCGGUCAAGAAAAAAGCCGCUGACCCUACUCAAUCGGAGAAAGUUGAGGACGAUGCCACUUUGGAUGAGGAUUCGACUUCCUUCCAAAAGUUCUCGGCCAUUAAAAGCGGGCCCGGACGGAAAAAAGGGUCCAAAAACACUGGCCCACUCACCUUGGACCAACUCAAGGCCCGUCGAAAACGGCUGUGGGUAUCUAUUAUGAAGAAGGAGAUCUCGAAGGCCCAGAAAGCCCGCAAUUACACCCAAAAGGAGAAGCUCACGAAUAGCAAAAAAGUGGCGGCUCAAUGCAUGCGACAAGCCCGCCAAAAGGCCAUGCAAUCGCAAAGAGUCAUGAAGGAAUCCGUUUGGCGGGCCAAGAGGCUCACCCGCGAAAUGCAGGCCUACUGGAAGCGAUUCGAUCGGGUCGAGAAGCAACAAAAGCGUCAACAGGAGCAAGAGGCCGAGAAACAACAGAAGAUGGACCUUCAAUUGCUUGAGACCAAACGGCAGACCAGGAAGCUGAAUUUCCUGAUCACGCAGACCGAGCUCUACGCUCAUUUCAUAGCCAGCAAGAUUGGCGCCGAUAAAACCAACCAAGAAGCCGACAUCCUGAAGAAGCUGGAAGAUGAGGCCGAGGCUGGCAGUCGAUUGGCUCAAAUCGAUGAUUACAACAGUAUGGAGGCCAAAACCCUGGCCAUCAACAACGCUUCACAGGCUUGGGAAGAACACGAACAGAAGAAACGCAGUUAUGACGUCAAGUCAAAUGAUGGCGGCGAAAUCGUGGGCGGCGAGGCUAACGACGAUCGAACCCAACCCUCCAUAUUCAACGGGAAACUGAAGGCCUAUCAAUUACGGGGCUUGAACUGGCUCAUGAAUCUCUACGACCAAGGAAUCAACGGCAUGUUGGCCGACGAAAUGGGCUUGGGCAAGACCGUGCAAGCACUUUCCAUGUUGGCCUAUAUCGCCGAAAAAUAUGAGAUUUGGGGCCCAUUCCUGGUCAUCACCCCCGCCUCAACGUUGCACAAUUGGCAGCAAGAAGUGGCCAAGUUUGUGCCAUCUUUCAAAUGUGUCCCAUAUUGGGGCUCACCCCAAGAGCGGAAAGUUCUACGCCAUUUCUGGGAUCAGAAGGAGCUGAACACGAAGAGUGCUUCGUUUCAUCUCGUGAUCACAAGCUACCAACUUGUGGUGUCUGACUUCAAGUAUUUCAAUCGGAUCAAGUGGCAGUAUUUGGUUCUGGAUGAGGCUCAAGCCAUCAAGUCCUCAUCGAGUCAACGAUGGAAACUCUUACUCGAGUUCAAGUGUCGGAACCGCCUACUUUUGUCUGGGACGCCCAUUCAAAACUCGAUGGCUGAAUUGUGGGCCUUGCUGCAUUUCGUGAUGCCCACAUUAUUCGACUCUCACGAUGAAUUCAACGAUUGGUUCUCCAAGGACAUUGAAUCGAGUGCCGAGAACAAGUCGCAAGUGGAUGAAAAGCAAAUCUCACGGUUGCACAUGAUCCUGAAGCCCUUCAUGUUGAGACGAAUCAAGAAGGACGUCGAAAACGAACUGACCGACAAAGUCGAGGUUCUAAUGUAUUGUCCAUUGACCAUUCGACAGAAACUGCUCUACAUGGGAUUGAAGCGCAAGAUUCGGAUCGAGGAUCUCCUCCAAGGACUCGGAUCUCAGUCACAAAACUCAACCCUGACAUCAAGUCUCAUGAACUUGGUGAUGCAAUUCCGAAAGGUAUGCAAUCACCCUGAAUUGUUUGAAAGACGAGAGGCCCGCUCUCCUUUUGUGAUGAAAAUCGAUCCCUUUGUGAUGCCCAAACUCGUUUUCCAUGAAAACAUUCAUUCCGGUGCCAUAUCUACCAACAAUCACCUCUUGUACAACAAACUCUCCGUUUUCAACCCGGUUCAUGUCCAUGAAUCACUAAAGCAACGUCGCAGCCAUGAACGGCUGGACGUGUGUGAUAGCUCAUUCUCGUACCUUCGCUUUGUGGACGUAUCGAUAGGGGAGCAGUACGAUCUGUGUCUGUCUCUUCUCAAGAAAUUCGUCCAUCUGAUUCGAACCCAUCAACGUCUGAGAGUGGCUCAAUUGGCGGAACUAUUCCACGAGAAUCCUUGCAAUCCUUCAUCUCAUCACCUGAACUCGUUGCUCCUUGGAUCGAGACUCAAAUCCGCAACCACCAACUCGGAACUGAGAAGUCUCAUUUUCACGCACAACCAAGACGAUCAGGUCUUGCAACACUUGGAUGUGACAUUGAGCUCCAUGCCAGAAACCAUCAGUCAUCGACUGAUUCGCACCCGUCAAAAGCUGAUCAGUCAUCGGAGGAAGAAAGCCAUGGAAUCGGCUGCCAAAAACUGUGAUAAGGCCCCUCUUGAUCCAGUCAUUGUCGUGGAUGAAGAUGAGAUUCACCAACGUCUGGUCGAUGAAAUCGAUCACGUGGAACGACCUUCGCUCCUUUUAAAGUGCCAACCCUGUUCUGUGCCCAGCUUCCUAUUGGACACGUGCCCAAAUGUGGCUACACCUGGUCACGUUCAGUACGUUCAGGAUCGGUUGGCCGCCUAUAAGCUGGAUGAUCAUAUUCAGUGCAAUAGUCAGGAGGGUCGGGAUAUCGUGCUGUUUGGUUCCCCAGAGCUCAGACUUCAUUGGGAGCGAAGUCGACGAGAAUACUUCCAUCCGGUCUCGGUCGGCGGUAUUCAAGCCUUGAAACCCUCGCGUGGCUGGUCGAACAUAAUCAUCCCUGACAAGCAAACUUUGGUGACGGAUUCGGGGAAGCUCCACGUUCUGGAUGGAUUGCUCACUCGACUGAAAGAGGAAGGCCAUCGGGUCCUGAUCUAUUCGCAAAUGACGCGAAUGAUAGACCUGCUAGAAGAGUACAUGGUCCAUCGGAAGCACACAUUCAUGCGAUUGGAUGGAAGUUCCAAGAUCUCGGAACGACGAGAUAUGGUGGCAGAUUUCCAACAACGUUCAGACAUCUUUGUGUUCUUGCUCUCAACUCGAGCUGGAGGAUUGGGCAUCAAUCUCACCGCGGCUGACACGGUAAUAUUCUACGACAGCGAUUGGAACCCAACGGUGGAUCAACAAGCCAUGGACCGAGCUCAUCGUUUAGGUCAGACGAAGCAGGUGACCGUGUAUCGACUCAUUUGCAAAGGAACCAUUGAAGAAAGGAUCCUCCAAAGAGCCCGAGAAAAGUCAGAGAUCCAAAGGAUGGUCAUUCAAGGAGGAAGUUUCAAAGGCAAACCGGGCGAGCUCAAGCCCAAAGAAGUUGUUUCGCUCCUGCUCGACGAUGACGAGAUCGAGAAGAAAUACCGAGACAAGGAGGCCGAGAUCAACCACGACAUCUCGGAUUCGCCCCUCCCAACCAAGAAACGAAGACCUUCGGAGUCUCUGGAGCCUGAACCAAAUGCCAAGAAACCCAAGUUUGAAGACUCCCUGUUCAAUAUUGACGACACUAGUCAGCUGAGUGUAGACAGCCCCGGGCUAACGAUUGACGUGGAUGCCAUGAGUGACGUGACUUCCUCCCGAGGCCCGACACGUCCUCAAUCCCCCAUUUUCGACUUCAUGGGCGAGAAGCUUGGUCCCAAGCGAUCCAAACGAGGAACCGGUGGAAAACGGGGUCGCCCACGAGGUUCCAAAAACAAAGGCCGAGAUGAGAUGGAACCGGCUAGUCAAGAAGUGAGCGCUAUUCUCAUACCGAACGGAGUGAUUCCUCAAAAUCCGCCCAUGAAACGAGGCCCAGGUCGUCCCCGAAUCAAACCGGGCGGAGGACCAUUACAUCAGGGAACAAGGGGUCCACCACCCAAACAAGCCAAACCAUCGAAGCUUAAGAGCAAAGGCCUACCUGCGGCUUUAGCGGCCACGUUAUCUGCUAAAUAUAAUAAUAGUGGCUCAAUGAAUGCCGCUUCCCCUGGAUCGUCGGGACCGAAAUUCUACACGGAUUCAUCCAAUGCGUCGUCUUGAGAUGGACAAAGGAAAUGUAGACGUCAUAUGUUACAAACACACACAAACAAUGUGGUUCUCAACUCUUUACCUCACAGUAUUUAUACACAUCAAACUUCGUGUUGUUCUCAAAAGAAAGAAAUCGCCUGUAGUUUCGUUUGUUGAACUGUUGUUGAGCAGGUAAACCAAUUCGGACCGAAGGAGAAAUAUAACCUAACUAUAUAGUAUAUAUAAUGCCCAUCUGCCGUUAGUUUACAUCGUGGUCGCCAAUCGAAAUACAAAAUCUCCAUCAACUCAGA